UCGGAUACCAAUAACCCUCUCUUCCCUUCCCCCCCUACUAUGGCACCAAGGCUCACCGAGGUAUUAAAUAGAGUGCCAAGGAAAGUAGAGAGGCAGACGUCUCUCCGACCCAGAGAUCUUUAGGUGCCUAACAAUGAAGAAGAUGAAGACAUGGCUAACCAUUCUGAUGACUGUGAUGGCUUUACUGGUAAGCCUCACAGCAGGGAAGCCAGCUGGUUGGUACCGGAGGCCGAAUGGUGUUCUCAAGAACAGAUACGUCCAGAUGAGAAUAUUGGCUCAGAGGUACUUAGAUUACCUGCACUAUAUGAACAGUCUCGGUUAUCACGAAUACGGACACGACCAUGGAUCCGGAUACGAUGACGCACACGACCACGGACACGGUCAUGAACUCAACCACGGAUCCGGACACGAUUAUGGAUUCGACCACGGAUCCGGGCACGAUCAUGGAUUCGACCACGGAUCCGGACACGGUCAUGGACUCGACCACGGAUUCGGACACGGUAACGGACUCGACCACGGAUCCGGACACGAUCAUGGAUUCGACCACGGAUCCGGACUCGGUCAUGGACUCGACCACGGAUCCGGACACGAUCACGCACAUGGCCAUGACUGCGUACACAGCCACGCAGAGGAGUCUAGUUAUACAAGCCAUUAAAGGGAAGUCUUGACACUAAGGUCGAGUUUACCUAAACUGUCUCAUGUUAUAUCGUCCUUCUGGUAUCUCUCGCUACGUCCUCCUGAUAUCGCGUGCAUGAUACUGUGCAAAUGUCACGUGAAAGCCUAUCUAUCUAUCGUAUCUGGUGAGUUUUCCCGAUAGAUAAAUGGAAUAUAUCUAAUGUGCAUUUUCCAUACAGGAAAGAAGCUGCAUUUCCUAUUUCUUUUCUUUGUGAAAAGGUAUGACCUUAUUGUACAAGGUCUCGCAAUAAUACUUUGUCAUUAUAUCUUGAAUUCGCUUAAUUAUGCUCAAUAUCAGUGUAGAUGGUACUGAUGGAAUAGGCCAGCAAAAUCUACCGUUUGUAAUAAAUUAUUGUUUUGCA